AUGGCCACCAGAAUGGCCUCUCAAUACGCUGCCAAUGACGAGAACAAGGUGAUGGAUGGGAAACGGCUUGCAGGCAAGAACGCCGCCGCGGCUAUCGCACCAGAGCUUGGCGCGAUGAAGCUUCGAUCCGGCCAUGUCCUCCCUCCCCCGCGCCGAGCUUUCGGCACGCUCACCAACAGCAUGGCCUCCAAGGCAGCUGCUGGCGGGAAAAAGGCCGAGCCCGUCCGCCAACGCGCUGCUCCCGCCGCCAAGGUGCCUGGUCGCGCCUCCGUUGUUGUGCCCAAGCCUCAACCCGCCGCGAAAUCCUCUCAGACCAGCAGCGCCGUCAGCGUCGUCACCGUCUCACCUGACGUGGAAGAAGUGAUCCCGGGUGACGUGGACAUCGAAGAGCCCCGCCACGUGCACACCAUGACCGCCGAGCUGACAGCCCGUGGUGGGACAUCGACGCCGCCGACAAGAGCAACCCUCUUGCCGAGACGACUUAUGUCGCGGAUAUCUACCUUCUACCGGCGGACGGAAGCGGAAGGCAUGGUGGCUCCGGAUUACAUGAACCGUCAGAGCGACAUCAACGGCACGAUGCGCGCGAUCCUCAUCGACUGGCUGAUCGAGGUGCACCUCAAGUUCAAGCUCAUGCCGGAGACGCUUUUCCUCGCUACAAGCGUCAUCGAUAGGUACCUGGCGGUGACGCCGGUUCCGCGUCGUAAUCUUCAGCUGGUGGGGAUCACGGCGAUGCUCAUCGCGUCUAAGUACGAGGAGAUCUGGGCUCCUGAGGUCGGCGAUUUCGUGUAUAUCUGCGAUAACGCGUACACGCGUCAGGACGUGUUGAAGAUGGAGAAGGAUAUGCUGAACACGUUGCAGUUCAAGCUUACGAUCCCAACUUCGUACGUCUUCGCCGCGAGAUUCCUCAAGGCCGCGACCGCCGCCGCGAACGCUGCUGCGGCUGCCGGCGUCGGUGCUGACAAGGCGGUGACCGUUGGAGCGGACACGCGUGUUCACGCGCUCGCGUGGUUCCUUCUCGAGCUGACCCUGCCAGAGCACUCCAUGAUCAAAUUCUCCCCGUCGCACCUGGCUGCCGCUUCGGUCUACGCCGCGCUGCUGACGGCGCACCACGCCAACAAAACAGCCACGGGAGCAGGCUCGGCAGGCGCUGGUGAGGUUUGGGGCCCCGGGAUGGCGUGGCUUACUGGGUACGACGAGGCGACGCUGUGGCCGUGCGUGGAGCAGCUUGUGGCUCUGCACGGGAAGGCAGGCACGGGGAACCUCGCGGCGGUGCACAAGAAGUAUUCGCGGAAGCAGUUUGAGGAGGUGGCGAAGAUCCCCGCCGUGCCUCACCUUCCCGAGAACCCUCCACGUGCCGUUGCCCAUAAGCUGACCAAGUCGACAUCUUGCUUGUCGACGGCCAACUCGUCCGUCCCGGCGGCUGGCAGGAAGUGA